CACAUAUUUAAUUUCCCUCCAAGAAGCGUCAAAUUUGGAGUUUCUUCCUACCUUCCAGCUGUAAAGCUUCAAAUUCAAAAUGUUUCAAACGGAGCAAGGACCUAAUAAAAUUCGCAACGUUGGAGGACCACACAACCUUGGUGACCCGGAAGAUCGCACUCUACGCCGGGUUGAGAAGGAAGUUCUUAUCCCGAAAAUAAUGCGAGAACGCGCAAAAACAGAAAAAUGCGUAGAUGCCGUCAAAGCGUUUGAGUCCUGCUGCAAGGACAAUAAUAUUUUUAUGGUUUUCAAAUGCCGCGACCAAAAUAACGCCUUGAAAUCCUGCCUGGAGGAAUGGUACCAAAAUGAGCAGUUCCAGAACGAAUGCAAAGAAAUUUACCUGCAAGAGCGGUCAGAAUUCAGGCGAACGGGGCUCUCGAAAAAGAAACGACAGGCAAUGGAGGCCGAGAAGAAGUAGCAGGAAGUAGAGGAAAGCAAAACUUGAGAAAAUGUAGAUGUGAUUUGUUAAGUAGAAUUUUGUUUAUUCUGAACAUGUUUUUUUAAAUCAAAUCGUC